AACGCCGUUAAGUUUGUUGGCGCAGCUCUUUGAUGACGCAUUUGAAUAGGAAAAUCACAUAAAAUAUUUUAUAAAAUAUUUCAAUUACUUUUAUUAAUUGGAAAAUUAUUUAAUAAUUUUGAAAACUUAUCAAAUAACGAUGCGCUAGGUUUUGUUAAAUCACAAUUACAAACUAUAAAUUUAUAAUAUAAGAAAAACAAGUAAGCAGACAGUAACACCAAAAAGAAAGUAAAAAAAACGAAGUGCAAAAAAUACAACAAAAAAAGAAGAGGGAGUAAUGUGAAUCGCCAGAAGAAAAAAAUAAACUCAGCAAAAAAGUCAUAAGCAGCAGCCCGACAGCCAACCAAUCAGUAUUUGUGUGUAUGUGGUCAAAGUGAUUAAAGUGUUAAAUUAAAAAAAUUAAGAGGGGCCGAGGAAGAAGCGGGUAGAGAAGUGUCAUCAUAAUAAUAGUUUUCCAAAGUCAUUUGACUAAAAACGAAACACAAAAAACGAAAGUUUUUAUUUUAAAAUUGAGAUUAAGCAAAAAAAGGAAUAUCAAAUCAUAUCAAUAUUAAUUGUACAUAUUUAAAACAGUAAAUUGAUAAGACGUUCUAAAGUAGAGAAUAAAAUCGAACCUACUGCCACUUGAAGAGGAAGGUUAAGAACCAGCAGCCAUUCAGACAUAUUAACUAACAUUAAGUUAAAUGGUUUUGUAACAUAAUACAAACAAUUAGCCGGCCUAACGUCUAACGCCCUAAAACGUAUAACUAUUCUAUUAUAUCCCCAAAAUAGAAACUAAAAUCCAUAAUAAGUGAACAAAGGCAGUGAAAAUACAAUAGAAUAAAUAAAAUUACGAACAAGUGAUUUUCUUAUCAAAUCGUCACAACAACAGCUCAGCAAACACCCCAGAGUCAGAGAACAGCCACCCAACCAACGAAUGAACGGAACAAGUAACGUAACAAAAAAGUAAUUAAUCCCCUAAAAAAAUAAAAAGAAAGAUAUUAAAAACAUUUUUAAAGUGUUAAAAUAUUGUGGACUUUAUGUUUCCUAACUAAUUUAGUGAUAACAAAAAGACCAACAACAUCAAUAACAAUACGUGUUUCGUAAAACGAUUGCAUUCUCCAAAAAUUAUAUGUGGAACACACAUUUCAUCAGUCAUCCUGCAGUGGUAGUGGUCAAUUACCGGCAUCUCUUCUUCCAUUAACGUAAAUUCCUUCUAGACGCUCAAACCCCUCCAAAUUAAGUCUACAAUUAUGGCUCGUGGUUUUGAUCAUUUAUUUAAACUUUUAAUUAUUGGCGACAGUGGUGUAGGAAAAUCAUCACUAUUAAUACGUUUCUCGGAUGACACAUUCUCAGGUAGUUAUAUCACAACAAUUGGUGUAGAUUUCAAAAUACGCACAGUAGUUAUUGAUGGUCUGCGAGUUAAAUUACAAAUAUGGGAUACAGCGGGUCAAGAGAGAUUCCGUACAAUAACCAGCACUUAUUAUCGAGGAACACAUGGUGUUAUUGUUGUUUACGAUGUAACAAAUGGUGAAUCAUUUGCCAAUGUAAGACGAUGGCUAGAUGAAAUACAAAAUAAUUGUGAUGUGGUGAAUAAAGUAUUAGUUGGUAAUAAAAAUGAUGAUCCCGAUCGAAAAGUGGUCAUUACCGAGGAUGCCCAACGCUUUGCCCAGCAAAUGGAUAUUGAAUUAUUUGAAACAUCUGCCAAAAAUAAUAUUAAAGUUGAGGAAAUGUUCCUGUCGAUAACACGACAAGUACUUCAGCACAAGUUGCGCAAUGCACAAAAUGAUCCACAGAAAGAUACGAUCAAUUUAAAGAAAUCCAGUGGUAAAAAGAAGAGUAAAUGUUGUAGUUGAAAACGGAAGACAAUAAUCAUCAUAAGAUCACCUUUGCCACAACUACUACAACAACUACCACCAUCAACACCACCACUACCACCACCGUCGUCGCCGUUAUUGUCUUUAUUAUUAUUAUUAUUAUUAUUAUUAUUAUUAUAAUUAAUUUUGACUGUUGUCAUUGUCAUCAUUGCCGCCAUUAUUAUAAAAAUUAUUUUUUAUCACUAUCAUCAUCAUCUCUUCUUCCACUCUCCAGCAUUUCUAGGAGAGAUGCAAUGAAAAUAUGUAAUAACACACAAAAUCUAAAUGUAAAUGUAAAAAGAUUAAGAAUUAUUUUGUAUAAAAUAUAAAAUUUUUAAUAUGAAACAUACAUAAAUAUUAAUAAUAAUGAUAAUAAUAUUGUAGAAUACUCCUCACAUAACUGGUGCAUACAAAUCACAUACAACAAUCGAAUACUUUAGAGUCUAUCCAGUUAGAUUUUCUUUGUUUUAAAUUUAUUUAGAUAAACGGUAUACAUGGUAGUGAGUGUGUGUGUCCGCAUAAUUUACACAUUUAUUAUUUAUGUAUUUUAAUUUAGCUUUAUAAUCAAUAAUCCACACUUUCCAUAAUUUCAAGCAAAUGUUUUGUAUUUAUAAAAUUCUAAAACUUACCUAGUGGCAUUUUGCUAUCAAUUGAUUGAUAUUUUUUUUCCUUUUUAAAAAAAUUCUGUAAAUAAACUAUAGUUGCAAUUUUCUGUAAUAGAAUUACAAAUACAACUAACUAACUGCCCGUGAAAAAUCACCAUUUAAUUGCUUUAUGUUCUUUUGUUUAUGCGUUUACAUAUAUUCAAAAUGUUCUUUAAUUAUUUUCAUAUAUUAGCGACUUGAUUUCUUACCAUUAUUUCUUAAUUUUUGUAAUAAAUGUUUAAUAUACUUGAAAAGAAGAAAUUUUCACUCUUCUUAACAAUUCUAAUCCUUUAGUCAUCUUCAUAAAGCAUACAUUUGAACACUCUUUUUAUGUUUAUUUUAAAUUAUAAUUUAGUUUAAAUCGUGAAUUAUAAAAUCCAAUUAAAACAAACAAAAUAAAGUUAUUAAUUUAAAUACAAAACAAACCUUAUAUAUAAAUAAAUAUAUUUAUACAUGCAAAAUACAUACAUAUUAUGAUAUGAUCGAUGAUUUAUAAAUGCGAAAAGAAAAACAAAAGAUAUUUAAAUAAAAAGAAAGACAUAAUACACACAAUUUAUAAUAUAUUUGAGAAAUUGUAACUAUCUACUUUAUAUAUAUGUAUAUACGUAUUUGUAUUUAUAUAGAUUGUAAUAAAUGUAUUUGUUAUUUAUAGUAAAAAACAUUUAGACAGAAGAACUUGGUCCAUUUUUUCUCUAUAUGGAAAAAUGUAAGAAGUUUUUCUACAUAUUAUAGAAAAAUUGUCCAUAUGUUUCUAUACAGAAAAUAUUUGUCAUUAUGUUCUGUACAAAAAAAUGGUAUAUUUUUUCUAUAUACCAAAAAAUGGUCCCUAUUUUUCUACAAAGAAAAACUGGUUUAGUAUUUUCUAUACAGAAAAAUUGUCUAUAUUUUGCUAUAAAGAAAAAAAUUGUCUAUUUUCUAUAUAAUUUUCUAUACUUGUAUAGAAAAAUAUGGACCUUUUUCCGUAUAGAAAAGAAUGAUCUGUGUUUUCUGCAGAGAAAAAUGUAGACCAUUUUUUUGUGUAGAGAAGAACGAACCAUUAUUGCUGUAUUAAAAAGAAUGGACCGUUAUUUCUGUAUAGAAAAGAAUGGGCCGUUAUUUCUGUAUAGAAAAGAAUGGAACAUUUCUUUUAAUAGCAAAAUAUGGACCAUUUUUUCUAUAUUGAAAAGAAUAAUCUAGUUUUUCUGUAUAGAAAAUAUGGACCAUUUUUCUGUAUAAAAAGGAAUGGAACAUUAUUUGUAUAUAAAAAACUGGUUUAUUCUUUUCUAUAUAGUAUAAAUGUUCCAUUUUUUCCAAUAGAGAAAAAAUAUUCAAUUCUUCUUCCGUAUACGGAAGAAUGGUUCAUAUUUGCAAUAAAGAAAAAAUCGCCUAUUCAUUUCUAUAUAGAAAUGAAGAUUCAUUCUUUUUCUAUACAGAAAUAAUGGUCCUUUUUUUUGUAUACAGAAACAAUCUUCUACUAUUUUCUAUACAAAAAGUAAUGGUCGACAUUUUCCUAUACAAAGAUGGACCAUAUUUUGUAUGGAAAAGAAUGAACCAUUAUUUCCGUUUAGAAAAGUAAUGGACCGUUAUUUUCCUAUAGAAAAGAAUGGACAAUUUUUUCUCUAU